AUGGACCGCGGCUCAUUCUCGAACAGCCGAAGAGCCAGACACUUUGGCAGAUCCAAUCAGAAUAGCCAAUCUUCGUCGUCCGGGCACCAGAAUCAUCGCGGGAACUUGCGUGAAACCUACUUGAGCGAGAGUCAUAGUGCUGAUUUCUACGGAACUCCUCGCAGCUUUCUCGGAAGUCCAGUUCCAUUUAUGAGCAGUCCGUUGUCUCUUCGAGCUCGCGACUCCCCAGUUUCUCUGAUGCCACCAUAUUUCGAUGAUUCCAACUCCUCGAACGUCUCUCUUCAGCUCGCCGGUCUUCAUUUGGACGAGAAUAACAAUUCUAGAAAAAAGAGAACGGCGUCGUCGUCUGGAGGACGUAGUGAGACGAAUUCCACUCAAACUCGCCGUCUUCUAAGUCUCCCGGCGUGGGCGCUCGAUGAAAAUCGCGAUAUUAAAAGCGAUUUGACGCUGGAGAAGGUUCUCGAUGAGGGAUUGAUUCUGGCGUUUGCAAUGGACAAAGCUGGUUGCCAUUUCCUCCAAAGCAACUACUACGGCGAGAACACUCAGGAAAUCGACGCGGAGAUCCGAAAUCGAAUGAAUCGAGAGGUUUUGGGAAACAAGGGCGUCUUCUUGACGAUUUGCAAGAAUAGCUUCGGGAACUUCUUCAUGCAACGUGUCAUCGAACACUCGACGCCGGCUGAGCAAGAAGCCAUCAAGAAGUACAUCGUCAGCGAUAUCAGCGCGUUGUGUCUCGAUAAAAGCGCAUGUCGUGUUGUGCAGACUGCGUUGGAGAUUUCAAGUCCUGAACCCCCAAAAAUUGACACUCGAAACUCGAAAAACCACGCUUCAACUCUUCAGAUCCUCGAGCCCCGUUUCGGAGACGCCAUCGUCGCAUCGAUACCACCAAAGAACUGCCUAAUGGCCAUCUGCACGGAUCGAAACGCGAAUCAUGUCAUGCAGAAGAUCAUCAAGAAGUUCGCACCGAAGAAAUGGGAGUUUUUGGUCACCUAUCUGGUGAAAUACGAGCAAGAGAACCUUCUGUACAUCUGUCGAGACAAAUACGGGUGUCGUGUGGUGCAGACGAUUGUGGAGGUUCUUUCUGAGGAGACUCCUAAUCAGGCUGAAGCCGAGGAAAAAUCCCGCGUGCUCCGCCGUCUGAUGACCAAAAUUCUGGCGAAAUGCACCAGUCUGACGCACAACGAAUUCGCCAACUACAUCAUUCAACACAUCAUCGAAUCGCCUGGCAUCCUUGACAACUACCGUAACACCAUCAUUGAGCAAUGCCUUCUUCGGAACCUUCUCUCGAUGUCACAGGAGAAAUACGCGUCUCAUGUCAUCGAAAGAGCAUUCGUCUAUGCUCCAUUAUCGCUGAUGGCCGAGAUGAUGGAUGAGAUCUUUGAUGGAUAUGUUCCGCAUCCAGACACCGGAAAGGACGCUCUCGACAUUCUGAUAUUCCACCAAUUCGGCAACUACGUCGUUCAACGCAUGCUCCAGACUUGCGUCGACGCGGUCACCGGGCAACGUGAAACCCGUCUGGAUGGUGUCAACUACGCGAAGAAGUUCGAGAAUUGGCUCAACAAGCUCUAUGUGAGAAUCAGAAAGGAGAAGAGCCGUUUGACAAGAUUCUCGUCGGGAAAGAAGAUGUUGGACAUCCUCUCCAGCAUGGAAGACACGUAUCAAUUCAUGCCACCGUACGACGACUCUUCGCCGUCUACAAGACAAUCCUCACGUCGAUCGUCGAUUUCUUCAGAAUCUCCACAUUUCGAAUUCGACGUCAACAACUCCAAUUAUCACGUCUUCUAG